GAGCUUACUCUGCAAUUACUGUUAUACUAGAGCUCGGCUAUCCAACCUUCAACAUGGUUGCCCCAAUCCUUCAAACAACAUCCUCAUCGACCAUAAAAGGCGGCAAUCCUGCGGCACAAUCACGACUAUCAAGCCCGCUUCAAUACUCGGGUUCAUUGAACAGUUUCUCCCAUUCGGAUCUCACACCUGUCAUUGGUAGAGAAUAUACCGGGAUACAGAUUACGGAUAUCUUAAAGUCGGAGAAUUCGGAUCAAAUUAUUCAGGACUUUGCUGUUACUGUCUCCCAACGGGGCGUGGUUUUCCUACGAAAUCAAGAUGUGACACCUCAGCAGAUGCGUGAUUUCGGAGAGCGCCUUUCUCAUCUAUCUGGAUGUAUGCAGCCCUCAUCCUCAACUCUCCACAUCCACCCUCUAACAGAAGAAUCCUCCGAACUAGGUGACCAAAUCAGCCACCAAACAAAAAAAGGCGGCGGUCUCACACACCAACUCAGCGACACCAGUCGUUUCGCCUCAGUAGGCUGGCACUCAGAUAUCAGCUUCGAGCCCGUUCCGUCCGAUUACGCCAUGUUGAAAAUUCACGAGUUACCUUCUACGGGCGGGGAUACGCUUUGGGCUUCUGGGUAUGAAGUGUAUGAUCGGCUUUCGCCGGCUUUUGCGAUUUUUUUGGAGGGUUUGACUGCUACGCAUGAUGGCGGGUUUUUUCAUGAUGAGGCUAGACGGUUGGGGAAUCCGCUUAGGGAGGGGGAAAGGGGGAGUCCGUUGAAUUUCGGGGGCGAGUUGAAGGCUGUUCAUCCUGUUGUUAGGACGAAUCCUGUGACUGGUUGGAAAUCCGUCUACGUUAACCGUGGUUUUACUCGCCGUAUCAACGGAGUGACAAAAGAUGAGUCGGACGUGAUCCUGCAAUAUCUAUUCAACCUCGUCACCCAAAACCACGACGCCCAAGUCCGUUUCAAGUGGAACAAGAAUGAUAUCGCGAUCUGGGAUAAUCGGUCUACAUGGCAUACGGCCACUUACGACUAUACCGAAACACGUACUGGGGAUCGGGUGUGCAGUUUGGGCGAGGCGCCUUAUUUUGACAGUCUGUCGAAAUCGAGGAGGCAGGCUUUGGGGGAAGGUGCUUAGGGUUGAAUGCUAAAUUGACUACCAUUCCAGUGGUUUGGGUAAUCAAUGUUGGAUAGAAGGUCAAGCUCCAUCUCUGGCAUAGGAACUUUACAGCCCCGGCCUAUGUCCUUUGCCCACGGGACAUACAUUUAGCUACUGUUAUUCCUGGUGAUUAACACUUCAAUGGAUCUAUUUGUACUAUGCCUCAAGGCUCUAGAUAGCCAUGAUGCUUGCUCACUCUGCGUGACCUUUUUCCAAAGCCAAUCUAUAAGACGCAAUGAGCCUCUCC